AUGGUGUUCCCUCAGCCGAGUACCUUGAUGGAGAUGCAGAUGGAUGCAGGCCAACACGCUGCCAGCUCCAAGCCCCAGACACACAUCGUCAAAGCGAGCCAUGGGUUUGCCUUCGAGGUCAAGAAGGGCGACCGUUUUCGAAUCGUCGAUUUGCACGGUGAGCAGGUCGUCGACUUCGCCGCUUGGGUCCAGAGUACCAACUUGGUGGAGAAACUGAGCAUGGCCUACACACGCUUUCAUCUGUCCGGAGCCACGCCUGCUAUUGGGGAAUGUCUCUGGACGAACAAGGACGAGCCGAUUCUGAAAAUAACCGACGACACGGUCAAAACGCAUGACAUGACGUUUAUGAGCUGUUUCCCGGAGAUGUACUCGAAGCAGGGAAUCAAGAAUCACAGAAGCUGCGCGAGCAACAUCGCCGAGGUCAUGGCGCCGUACGGCAUGAAUAACUAUCUGGAAGUCACCGUCGCUAAUGGUUUCCUCGAUCAAGAUCCGUUCAACAUCUUCCAGAACACCCCUAAUUACACUCUCAAACCUCUGGGUAGCAGCAAGGCCGGUGACUACAUCGAGUUCGAAGCGCUGAAGGACAUGAUUGCUGCGGCGUCUUGCUGCCCAUAUGAUCUAGGCGGCUUCAACGGAGGAAAGGUCACAGACGUUGCUGUGGUGACAGGUCUAGGCGCGAACGACGCGUCCUGA